CCUGUUUCCAAAGUGUUUUAAAUGAACAAGAUUCAUUAUUAUGGAAUUUAUUUAAAGAGCUCAUCUUUAAUACAAGCGAGAAUUUAGUAAACAAAUCUUGUUAAACAAUUAACGUGCGCAGAUCCGUCCAGUGCGCAUUAUAGCUUAAUCCACUCUUAUUCUGGUUCUUGAAAAGGGGGUUUCUUGGUGGUCCAUUUUGUUUGUUUGUCCUCCUCAAGCAGUACCUAAUUCUUUUGCUCUUAUCCCUUACUUGGGUCAUCUCUCUUUUCUUUUUCUUGUGUUUUACUAAUAAACUUCCAAACAGAUCUAUUUUGUUUUGUGGGUUUCUUGAUUUCCCACAUUUCAAGAUCAUAUUUUUAAGCAAAAGCAAGAUAGUGAAGGUAAACAAGGCAAGAAAGAUGGAAAAAGACCCACAUCUUUUUUCAAUUUAACACAUCUUGUUGUGUGUUCGUUUGCAUUAAAGUUAGAGGAAGAAAGUGGGUUGAAAAAGGUGUGUGCAGAUUAAAGAACAAUGUUGGCAAGGAGUCCUUCUAGUGUCCAUACAGCCACUACUUGUAAUACUUUACUUAGAGAACUACAGCAAAUAUGGAUGGACAUAGGUGAAAAUGAAGCCGAGAAAGACCGAAUGUUAAUGGAAUUAGAAAGAGAGUGUUUAGAAGUGUACAAAAGAAAGGUCGACGAGGCUGCAACCGCCAAAGCGCGUCUUCACCAGGCGGUUGCCGCCAAAGAAGCCGAACUCGCCACUCUCAUAGCGACCCUCGGUGAUCUUAACACUCAUUUUCCGAUAAACAUUGAAAACAAAUCAUCAACAUUGAAAGCUCAACUUGCAAUGGUCACACCAUUGGUAGAAGAUUUGAAAUUAAAAAAAGAAGAAAGAAUCAAACAAUUUGCAGAUAUAAAGAGUCAAAUCGAAAAAAUUAACGGUGAAAUUUCGGGAUUUAGUCAAUUUGUAGAUUCACUGAAUCUCGAAGAACAAGACUUAUCACUCCGAAAACUCGGUGAAUACCAAUCUCAUCUUCGGACUCUGCAAAAAGAAAAGUCGGAACGGCUUCAUAAAGUUUUAGCCCAUGUGAACGAAGUGCAUUCCAUGUGUAGUGUUCUCGGGUUGGAUUUCGGCAAAACCAUUAGUGAUGUGCAUCCGAGCUUGCACGGUACAAGCUUAGAACAAGCAACAAAUAUAAGUGAUAGCACAUUGGAAGGUCUAGAAAACGCCAUUCUUAAGUUGAAAACAGAGAAAAAAGUGCGGUUUCAGAAGUUGAAAGAUAUUGCGGAAAAAUUAUUUGAGCUUUGGCAAAUAAUGGAUUCUACAAGGGAAGAAAAGAGUUAUUUUUCAAGAAUUACGUCGGUUAUUAGGUUAUCGGAAGCGGAAAUUAUGGAACCCGCAGCUCUUUCGUUGGAGGUUAUCCAACAGGCAUCGGAAGAAGUUGAAAGGCUCAGUAAACUGAAAGCAAGUCGAAUGAAAGAACUUGUUAUGAAACGGAGAUCCGAGUUGGAAGCCAUAUGUUUAAAGACUCAUAUCGAGCCUGAUCCAAGUACCGCUAUUGACAAAUCUAAUGCAAUGAUAGAUUCCGGUCUAGUGGACCCCAGUGAGCUUUUGGCGAACAUUGAAGCACAAAUUAGUAAAGUAAAGACCGAAGCAUUGAGUCGAAAGGAAAUCAUGGAUAGGAUAGAAAGAUGGCUCUCUGCCUGUGAAGAGGAAAAUUGGCUUGAAGAUUAUAACCUUGAUCAAAACAGGUAUAGUGCUGGAAGGGGAGUCCAUCUUAGUUUAAAACGGGCUGAACGGGCCCGAAUUGCUGUUAACAAGAUUCCAUCAAUGGUUGACAACCUAAUAUCCAAGACAAUCGCGUGGGAAAAUGAGAAAAAGAAGUCGUUCCUUUACGACGGGGUUCGCUUGGUGACAAUAUUGGAGGAAUAUAAGCUAACGAGACUACAGAAAGAAGAGGAAAAGAAGCGUUUCAGGGACCAAAAGAAGCUUCAAGACUUGCUACAUACAGAACGGGAAUCCAUUUACGGGUCAAAGCCCAGCCCGAGGAGAUCCACCAGUUUUAGGAUGAGUAAUGGGCAUCGUGGAAACGGGUCGAUGACCCCUACACCUCGCAGAAACUCGGCUGCAAGUCCAACAUUGGAGCCCAUGACUCCCCGUUCAUAUUCCGGUCGUCAAAACGGGUACCACAAGGAAAUGAGACGGUUAACCACCGCCCCACUAAACUUUGUGACCGUACCCAAAGAAGAUACGAUAUCGUUUUCUUCCGUAUAUGGUUCUGAACCUGGGUCUCCCCUUCAGAACUGAAUCUUUGAACAUUAACCGUUGGUGGAGCAGGAUGUAAGAAGCUUUUGUGUGUGUUGAUUGGAGUAGAAAAGGAGCAGAAAGGAUGUGAAUAUAUGAAGAAGGGGGUUGUACACUAGUUUUUCAUGUUUUGAACAGCAGCAGGCAGCUGACAGUUUAGCAACAGAGUGUGAUGGUGGAUAUAAAUAGAAUUUGUGAACAUUUUGUAUGAUGUUUGUUUGGCAGUUUACUUGUAAUCUGGUGUAUCUCUGCAUGUUUUUCUUUUUUGCUUUGAUAUAAAAUCCAAUAACUUGUGAUCUA